AAAUGUCAUUUUUCUUCAUGAGACUCCAACCUUAAUUUAUGCUUUGAAUUUAUCUAUGGGGUGGAUGUUGACGAUUUGCUAUACGAAAUGCUUUAUGAAUGCUAGAUGCUAGUUAUUUUUUGUUAUUUGUAUGCAAUUUAAUGAAAGUCUAUAAAUGUACAACGGAAUAGGAUUAGCUACCCCCAGGGGUUCGGGUACUAAUGGUCAUGUACAGAGGAACUGGGCAUCUGUUCGUCCUCAGGCUAAGUCAACCUCCUACAAAACUGAACAAGAAUUAGCGAUUUUGGACACAGCAAAUAAUAGACAACCAAAUAAAGAAAUAUUAGAUCAUGAGCGAAAAAGAAAAAUUGAACUCAAAUGUGCUGAAUUUUCUGAAAUACUCGAAGAACAAGGAUUUAGUGAGGAAGCUGUUCAAAACAAAGUGAACAACUACAGGAAUGUAUUAAUGAAACAAGGGACAAAAUUAGACAAAUCUGUUGAUUAUUGGGGUAGACCAAGUGUGACGGAAACGCAUCAAGUGGCGGCCGCCCAGCAAGAAAAAAAUGCGCGACUGAGAGAGGCGUUUGGAAUAUCGGAAUAUUUCGUGGAAGGAAGCAGCUUCGAUCCUGACAGGGAAGCGAAAGAGAAGUUGGCUGCCAGCGCUGCGAUCCAAGAUAGGGAGAAGCAGAAAGCGUUGGAGAGAGAGAAAGAAAAAGAACAGGCAGCCCGCUACGAACUGGUCAGAACGCCUAGUCCGGAACCGGAGCCGCCAUCCGAUAAUGAAAAAAGUUCCAAGAAGAAAAAGAGAAAACUAAAAGACAGAAGUUUAUCGAGUGAGGAUCCAAAAAAGAAAAAGAAGAAAAAAAGUCGCAAAAAGGAUAAAUCGAAUAAGAAGGAGAAGAAGAAAAAAAAGAAGCAUAAGGCGGAAGAAUCGUCAGAUGAAGCUGACUCUAGUACUGACCAGGACGAUUCUGAUGAUGGGUCGAAAAAGAAGAAAAAGGGGAAAAAGAAGGAGAAGAAACCAUCAAAGAAGAAGCCAAAAAGUUCGUCUGACAGUUCUCGAGAAAGUUCACCGGAAGUGAAAAGACCCAGAGUAACUAAAAAUCACAAACAUCUAGAUAAUAAUCAUUCAACUCAGAAAAAAAGCAGGGAAAAAUCAAAAGAGUCAAGGAAGAAAAGGGAUUUGUCCGCGGAUUCGGUUUCGUCAUCCAACGACAGACAUCGAGGGAAGAGAGAAAAGACCAAGUCUCCAAGCAGACGGAAACGUCGCGAUAAGGACGAGACCGAAAUAACAGACAAGAAAUACGAAGGUGAUAAAUCCAAGAAACGUACGGAAAGAUCGAAAUCACCCAAGUCUAGGAAAAGGUCACCGUCAGGCGAUAGGGACAGAAAAUGCCGAAGAUCCUCUUCUCGCGAUUAUAAAAAGUCUAAGCGAUCUCGAUCGCACUCACCUCAGAACCGGAAAAAAUCUCGAGAUAGAUCCAACGAGAAACGAAAAGAUACGACAAAAAGGUGCAGGUCGGCUAAUAGAAGUCAAUCGCCUGAGAGGAAACCCGGUUUGAAAAUUAAAAAAAACGCCAACGAUGAAACCAAGUCACAAGAGAGGAAAUCUAAAGGGAAAAGGAAAACUUCGUCGAGUAGAAGCCGGUCUCCCGAUCUUAGAAACAACAGGAAGCAUCGUUCCCGCAGUAGAAGUCUUUCGGCAGAUCGGAAACAAGUAAAAAAAACUAGAAGAACUCCCAGCAGGAGUCCGUCUUACAGUAAAAGCAACAAGAACGUCAGAAAUAAAUCUUUAGACAAGAAACAUAAAAAGCACAGGAGUAGAUCGAGAGAUCAAAGUAGCAAAAGUCCAUCACCAAACGGAAAGUACAAAAACAGAAAGUCGUUGAGUAGGAGUCAAUCGCCGGUUGUAAAAAAGACUUUAGUUAAGCAGAGGUCUGUCUCGGGGGACCGCGACAAAAGUAGCAAACAGUCGGGGAGCAGAAGCCGAUCUAAAGACAAGAAGCGUCGGUCCAAAAAGGAAUCACCCAGUAGAAGCCCGUCACCAAAUGAAACCUUUAGGAUGAAAUCUGCCAAACCCGAGUCGCCAACUAAAAACAAUCAAAAUCCCGUAAAGAGCGAUAAAUUGGAGAAAAGAGAAGCUGAGAUCGGCAAAGCCAACGCGCAAAAUGAGUAUUUGGAAAAUCUGAAACGUGCGAAAAAAUUAGAGGAGUUAAAGGCGUCGAGAGAACAUCUGGAAAAAUUGAGAAACGCGAAGCUGGAGUUGGAACAGUUGCGUCGGGCAAAGGACGAGUACGAGAAACUGAAAAAAUCGCGGGAAAAAAUGAAGGAAAAGCGCAAGUCCAGGAGUAGCGGGUCAAAGUCACCGGUUAGUUUAAAAAAAUCACGCGGAGCAAGUUCUAGCAGCGAAAGGAAAUCCUCUGGCAAGAAUGAUGCGUCGAAGAGCCCGCGUAGAAGGCAAUCUAAGUCUACUUCGCCCGAAGUCGCGAAAUCCAAGAAGAAGGACAGAACGCGUGAAAGGUCGCCCAAAUCAAAAAAGCCGCAGCCCGUCGUUAAGUUACGGCCGUCGUCUAGUGAAUCGGAACAGUCCGACUAUAGCUACGAGAAAGAGGAAGAGGUGGAAGACAAGGACUUGAAAAUGCUGCGUCUUUUGAAAUCUGGUUUGGCUGCCAAAGCGAAGGAGAGUCUCGAGAAAAAGAAAGAGAGACCAAACACUCCCGUCAAAACGAUUCAGCCAGACUUGUUUGAUAUCAAAGUUUUGCCUUUGAGGACUGAAGUCGCAAAUUCGCCAAGAAUUAAUAAGGACGACUUUGACAUCCCAGAUAAGGCGAAAGCGAUUCAGACCAGAUUAACUUCUAGGAUAGAAAAGUCGCUAUUCAAAAGUAGAAAGUCCAGGUCUCACAGCAAAGGAUCUUCGCAUUCAAGUGGAAGUGAAAAACAUAGCAGAAGUUCAUCUUCCUCUAGCAGCGAUUCAAGCAGAAGUUCAAAGUCGAGAUCUAGGGAUCGAAGCAGGUCCAGUUACUCGAGCAGCUCGUAUUCAUCAAGCGGUUCAUCUAGACGAUCCAGAUCCAUUUCAAUUCCGCGACGUCAUGGGUCCCCCAGCUUCCUUUCCCGCAGAAGGAUAACGAGCGCCAGAAAACGACCUAUUCCUUACACAAGACCUUCACCCUCUUCGCCGUCAAGUGACAGCAGCUAUAGCAGCGGUAGUCCAUACUACCGAAGGCGGUCGUUGAGUCAUUCUGUAAGUGCAACAAGUCGAUCACCAAGUACUUCUCCUGUACGUUCAUCAAAAUCUCCUUAACGGACCCGUGCGGACAGCAAUUAAAAGUGCAAACAAUUUAAUAUCGUAUUUGUUGUCGUUUAGCUCAUUGCUUUACAAAAUGUGCAAUAAAUAUAGAUUUUACAAAAAGAUAAAUUCGCAUAUUCUGUGCGUAUUUAAGACAUUCUGGGCAUUUCUCAGUCUAUUGCCACUUAACACUUAUUUUUCAUCAUUAGAAUAAAUCACAAAAUUAAUGAAGACAAAAAUGACCGCUUUCCGUUUUGCCACUGUUGCGGUUAGAUCAAACAGUUCCAGUCGUAAAUCUCAAUCCCAGUUUUUUGUAUUAAUGUAAUGUGUGUUGACGGAGAGUAGCACUUUCUGCCUUUGUUAGUAUUUUGUGUAACAGAGAACAUGGUGAAUUCGAGUUCUUUCUGCUUAUUGCAUUAUAGUUGAUAAACCCAAUAUCAGUGAGUCUACGAAAAAGUAGAAAUAUCUACGCCAUCAGCAUUAUUUACUUUUUGACUACAUCGCACCCAAUUCUCGGUACCUAUAUCAACAAAAUCGUUGACGUUUCGUACCGUAUCAUCACUUAUACAUCUCCAAAAAUCAUUUAAUAUAGGGAAAUGUUUGGGCACGUACAGGGUGAUUCAUGUUGAGGGUCCUAUGAAAAGGUAUUGAGGAUAUAAAAGUGCUGAGUGCAUAUAUAACCGAUUAUUAAAAUUUAAUUAUAAAUAAUACAUUGGGUCCGAAAUUUUGAAUUUAAAAAAAUAUAACCAAAAUAGACCAAUAUAAGAAUCGAAAACUACUUUUUUUUUGUUAGAUACAUUUGUGUGUCAAUACUUUUCUAGAAUAUUUUCAUCCCCUACCCAUUUUUGUUUUAAAACCAUUUUAAAUGUCAAUUUUGCCGUCGGUGUCGCGUAGAUUUUAAUUAAAUUUGGCAAAUUAAAUUUAUUUGGGCUCCGUUUUUUAAUUCUAUAAAAUAGGACAUCAAUUUCAAUCACUCUAUACGGCCAUCUUAGAAAAUUUUCUGUAUACACACCACGCAUAGUUUGCUACAAGUGGUAAUUGCUGUUACAAAUUAAUUUAAAUAUCUAAUUCGGAAGAGCCGAAUUUUAUAGACACAAAAGAAGUUUAUAACUGAAAUUAUUUUUUAGUUAUUAUAAGAAAUUGUUGAUACUCAGAUUUUUUAAACUAUUGAUAUUAGGCACUUGAUCAUUCCAAUCCUUCAAUAUUUUCGUCAUUCAUUUAGCCCAGUCAUUGUAUUAGUGUAAUAUAUUGUUGCGGCAUUAUUUAUUUAUAGUAAUUUAUUUAUUAAAAUGUCUACUUAAUGCGUAUACUGCAAUUAAAAAUAUUUGAAUGAA